CAAAGAGUGAGGAGUUGGUGGAACUGAAGACUUGCCAAGGACGGGUAAAGACAGCCUUGUGUUGAAGAAUGUCGCGAUGAAAUACGCCGUUUUUCGUGGCUUGCAUAAAUGUCCGGUUGUGGCUCUCGGGCGCCAGCCCGACAAUCAUUCAGAGACACCAUUCGUCGGGCUCCUAAGUGCAUUAAUUUCGGAACUGUGCAUCGUUUUUCAUGUGCAAAGAAUAAGAACUUUACCAGAUUGCUUGAGGGGACAGGCUCCAUCACCUGUGCAGCCCCGGCUCAUGCGUUUAGAUGCGACGGUCAAAGUGCACCAAUGAACGUCGAAG